AAGACUGAAUUUUUAUUUUUUAAAUUUGACAAAGCAUGAGUCUUUGUGUCGGAUACCAUCGUUUACUCCCACAUAUACCAAACACAACUCUCUCUGUUUUUCUUUUUCAUUCUCUCAUGCAAUAUAUAUAAAAUAUAAUUUAAUUUUCCUUUUUCUUUUAUUUCCUUCUUCAAUCCAAAUCUCAAGUUUCUAACCUCAUCUUCGAACUAAUCAACUUCUCGGUGGGAGAGCAGAGAAGAACGUUAAUGCAGUUGAGCCAAAAAAAGGGUCACCUAAUACAAUACCCAUUUCUUUAAAUCCUUUAAUCGAUCAACUCUUUCUUUCUUACAAUCUUUUCGAUAGUUUUCACCUUCUGGGUCUACGAAAUUUAGCCUUAAAAAAUGUCCCACGUUGAUUUAGAACAAGGAAACCACCGCCGUUCAGUUACCGGAAGCGAUGACGGCAGCCAAUGCUUUUCCGACGCCGAUGAAGGGUCUUGCUAUUCCCAGUUCUAUUCCACCACGGGUGGUUCCUACGACGAGUGUAGCUUCGGUUUCGUAUGCGACAGUGGUACUGAUGUAGAAGACGGUGUCGUUUCGGAUUCUCGGCGAGUCUCUUCGGUUUCGGAUUGUUCGGUUCUGGUUGGGGAAUCCGAAGUUGAAAUUAAAGUGCAUUUGAGUAAAGUAGAGAGAGAUUGUCGAAUUUGCCAUCUGGGUUUGGAGAGUAAUAGCCAUGAAUCUGGAGCUCCGAUUGAAUUGGGUUGUUCUUGUAAAAAUGAUUUAGCUGCUGUUCACAGGAACUGUGCUGAGGCUUGGUUCAAGAUUAAGGGAAAUAAGACAUGUGAGAUUUGUCAAUCACUAGCGCGCAACAUUGCUGGAGCGAGUGAGAUUGAGUUAGCCGAACAGGCUGCCAACGAAUCCAAUAACGCUUCUGCAGUAACAAUGAUGCCUGGACCAGAGCCUCGAAGCUUCUGGCAUGGCCAUCGCUUCUUGAAUUUUCUUCUUGCUUGUAUGGUAUUUGCAUUUGUUGUAUCAUGGUUGUUCCACUUCAAUGUGCCUUCUUCAUAAAUUCCUGAAUAAAAGAAGCUCUGCUCGGCUAAAGAUCUCAAAAGAAUUCCAAAAACAAAAUUGCAUAAAAGAAAAAUUGUAUGAUUAGUUAAUGAGUUACUCUCAACUUAGAUCUUUAUAUGCUACUCCAUACCUGUAGAGUUUAUUGUAUCUAUAACUAUAAGGUUACUAUCUUCUUAUACCGUUAUAGCUCAAUGAAGCCUUUGUUUUUUUAUCAA